GGUUGGCGUGUUUUUUUCCUUCGGCGGACGAAUUGCGAGGACUCGAAGAGGAUGGCGCUGACGCUGACCGUGAAGCUCCUGACGGGCGAGGUCCACUCCGUGGGCUGCUCGGCCAGCCAGACCGUCUGGGACCUCAAGGUCCAGGUGGGCCAGCGGACCGGGGUGUCGCCCUACCUGCAGAAGCUGGCCUGCCCGGACGGCGCCCACCUGGACCUCCGCGACGGCGCCCCGCUGGCCGACUUCGGGCUGCGCACCGGGGACACCCUCCUGAUGAUGGUGAAGCACGAGGAGUCCAUCCCGAUCCUGCUGAGAGGCCUCAACGGCCGGACCAGCACUUACCACGUCCUGCCUUCCGACACGGUGGCGCAGUUCCGGGCCCGCAUUCGCACCCAGGAGCGAGUCCAAGACGACCAGUUCUACCUGGUGUACGGGAGCCAGAGCCUGGAGGAGGGGCGCAAACUCUCCCACUACAACAUCUGCCCCGGGGACACCGUGACUCUGAAUCUACGCCUGCGGGGCGGGCUGAGGAGCCUCCUCUGGGGAGGGUCUCCCCUGUGACCUUCCGAGUUAGCCCGAGGGGCUUCCCGGUGGCUCUGGUUCUUCUCCGCCCUCUGCUUCCCUUCCGUAGGUGCCCCGGGUAGCUGUAGAGAAAUAUUCUGCCUUUUUUUUUCUUCUUCUUCCAAGCAUUAACUUCCAAUACUGGACAUGAACCGAAAGAAGAGGUUUUGUAGCUUGAGGCACAACUGUCAAAUCUGUCUUUCAAUUCCCCUGAUGAGAAAUAUAAAAUAAUAUCUGACAUAUACUGGGGACAAAAGAGGGAGAGCCAAUAUCCAUUGGGAUUGAAUUUGCUUGUUCCACCCCCCCCCCUCCCAAUUUCUGUUUUUUGUUAGCCCCAAAGGAGGGUGAAGAGCGAUCCUGUUCUUGAAUCCUGUACCUUUAUCGAAAGUCUUCUCCGUUGUUAUUGUAGACUAGAAGAACUGUACUUAUGUAACUCUGUUUUUACCUUGACCCAGCUGUGAAAUAAACAGUUUUACAAAUAAAACGAAUUCAACUGCCAA